AUGUCAUUUUCGAAUGGUUAUACAUAUGCAAUGUCUAUAGAUAGUCCUUGUAUUAUACUUACAAGAUGGCAUAUGUUCAUAGUCAAUGGCAUCAACGAAAAUGUUGCCCUUCAUUUGAGAUCGAAAGAUGACGAUCUCGGAAAUCACACCCUUCCUUAUAAUGGAAGUUACGAUUGGUCAUUUUGUGAUACAGGUCGUACGCUGUUUUGGAGUGAAAUUUGGUGGGGUUCAAAAUAUCAAAAUUUGAAUGUAUUUGAUGCUAAUACUUGGAAGAUGUGUGACAAAGGAAAAUUUGGUACUCAACAUUGUUAUUGGUUGAUAAGACCAGAAGGAUUUUAUAUGGGUAGGUUUAACGACCCAUUUCCUUCAGGAAGUUGGCAUUUUGAGAAGCCUUGGGCUUGA